AAAAAAAAAUCAUAAGCAUUUACAAAAAAAUGGCAAUGCAGCUUGAUAGUUGCUUUGGGUCAUUUUUUCUCUGCAUUUUCUGCUUUGCUUGGUUUCUGACUUUUCCAGCUGAAGCUGCAGUGAGGAAGUAUCAAUUUGAUAUAAGAGUCAAGAAUGGAAGCAGGCUUUGCCAUGCAAAACCAAUUGUCACGGUGAAUGGAAGAUUUCCAGGACCAACCAUUUAUGCUCGAGAAGGCGAUCGAGUUCUCGUCAAGCUAACCAACUAUGCAAAAUAUAACAUUUCCAUUCAUUGGCAUGGGUUAAAGCAAUUUCGUAAUGGUUGGGCUGAUGGACCUGCAUACAUAACACAAUGCCCUAUCAAGACCGGACAUAGUUACACCUACGACUUUAAUGUCACAGGACAACGAGGAACAUUAUGGUGGCAUGCACAUAUUUUGUGGCUACGAGCUACGGUCUAUGGUGCCAUUGUCAUUAUGCCGAAAGAAGGAACAAUGUUUCCAUUCCCUAAACCUCAUAAAGAAACUGAGAUAAUCCUAGGGGAGUGGUGGAAUUCAGACGUUGAAACACUUGUAAACCGAGCCAAUAAGAUGGGGUUGCCACCACCAACGUCUGAUGCUCAUACGAUUAAUGGGAAACCAGGGUCUCUCUUUCCAUGUUCGUUGAAACAUACCUUCUCGAUGGAGGUUGAGGCAGGCAAAACUUACUUGUUACGGAUUAUCAACGCUGCACUCAAUGAUGAACUGUUUUUCACGAUCGCGGGUCAUAACAUGACUGUGGUAGAGAUUGAUGCUGUCUACACCAAGCCCUUCACAACCAGGGUCAUCCUAAUCGCGCCAGGUCAAACUACCAAUGUUCUAAUCAAAGCAGAUCAAUCUCCAAGUCGGUAUUUCAUGGCAGCCAGGCCUUUCAUGGAUGCACCGGUUCCCGUGGAUAACAAAACUGUUACAGCAAUUCUACAUUACAAAGACAUCCCGAAGACUGUUAUUCCAUCCAUGCCCAAAUUGCCUGCACCAAACAACACCAAUGUGGCCAUGAGCUAUAACAAAAGACUUAAAAGCCUAAAUACCCCACAAUUCCCGGCAAAAGUCCCACUAAAAGUCGACCGCCAUCUAUUUUACACAAUUGGUUUAGGUGCAAACCCGUGUUCAAGUUGUCAAAAUGGUACACAACUCACAGCUUCAUUGAACAACAUUACCUUUGUGAUGCCAAAGGUUGGUCUUCUGCAGGCUCAUUAUUUCAACAUCAAAGGAGUAUUUAAAACUGACUUCCCCGACCAACCUCCGGUCCCAUUUAACUACACUGGUGCUCCACUUACAUCAAACCUUGGCACUUCAUUAGGAACAAGGCUCAGCAAGGUGGCUUUCAAUUCCACCGUUGAGCUGGUAUUACAGGAUACAAACCUCCUCACGGUGGAGUCACACCCAUUCCAUCUUCACGGUUUCAAUUUUUUCGUUGUCGGAAGUGGUAUUGGGAACUUCAAUCCCUCCAAAGACCCUGCUAGGUUCAACCUCGUCGAUCCCCCGGAGAGAAACACAGUUGGAGUGCCAACCGGAGGAUGGACAGCUAUAAGAUUCAGAGCUGAUAAUCCAGGAGUUUGGUUUAUGCAUUGUCACUUGGAGCUGCAUACAAUGUGGGGUCUAAAGAUGGCCUUUGUGGUCGAGAACGGGAAGUCACCGGAAGAGUCUAUUAUACCACCACCAAUGGAUCUUCCACCUUGCUAG